UCCUGAGCAUCUGUAACAUUACCAUGUAUUGUACCCUUUACUUUCAACUGGUACAACUGAAGCUACGAACCGCAACGGAGGACAACACGUUCAACCGUCAGGAGGUGAAGUCGAUUGUCGUAAUGCAUCAGGAUGCGCUUAACUGUGCAAGCCUGGUAGAAUCUAUCACGUCACUAGUGCUAUUACAGCAACUGGUCCUAUGCGUAAUGAUGUGGAGCUCAAUGCUGCUUUACUUCACCGUAUCGGGUUUCGAUUUGAACUUUAUUAACCUUCUCGUCCUUUUCGCUUUUGAUACAACAGAAACCAUUGCUUACUGCUAUUUUGGAGAGCAGCUAUCGAACGAGGUAAGUGAUCCAUCGUCAUGUCACUAAGAAAGAGACGUUCAAGAUUUUUCGAAUGGUUUUUUUUUCUGUUCAGAGUGCUCGUGUGGCACA